UGAAAUGUACAAUGGUGUGAUCGACAACUCUUCUAAUCAGUUAAUUCUUCUUCUCAUUCUUCGUAUUCAUCUUAUUAUUAUUUCAGAAGUAAAAGAUAAGAUAGAUAAGAGAUGUAUUGAAAUGUAUAAUGGUAUAAUUCAACUAGUCACCCAAUUCUUUUUAUUCAUAUUCUAAUUCACAUUCUUAUCAUUUCAGAAGUAAAAGAUAAGAGAGAUAAAAGGCCGGUGUAUUGAAAUGUACGAUGGUAUGAUAACUCUAAUCAGUUAAUUCAUCUUAUUCUUAUUCUUAUUCAUCUUCUUAUCAUUGCAGAGUAUGUGGAUGCUGCGUGGACAGGUCGUGCUGGUGGUGGUGGUGGUGGUGGUGAGCGCAGUAUCAGCAGCACCUGGCUUCAAUCAAGGCCAGCAGCUCUUCAGUAACAUCGGAAACGGCAUUGGAUUUAGCACUAACAACAACAACAACAACUUGAAUAACAACUACAACAACAACAACUACAACAGCAUAAACAGCGGCUACAGCACCAACAGUCUCGGCUACAGCACGGGCAGCAGUGGGCAGCAGCGGCAGCAGUCCUUCAGCGCCAGUGAUCAGCAGUACCCCGAGACAACAGGGCAAUAUGGGUUCUCCACGACCUCGCCUGAACAGAAACACAAUUCAUACACGUCGUAUGGGACGGGCACGGCAGCGGUCGACAGCACUGCCUCCUCCCCGGCACUCUCUGCCCUGGCACUGCUCGGCUUCCUCUACUUCCUCAACUUGAUCCAGGACGUUUUGCAGAAUAACACCAAUGGAAGGAAGAGACGCUCGCUCCCUCUGGCACCAAGGAAUGGGAAGGGCAUGGAAGAGGAGGAGGAGGAGGAGGAGGAAGGCCGCUACAUCACAUCUUACCUGGAGGAGGAACCAGUGAAGGGAGGAGAGGAGGAGAGGAAGGAAGAGGAGGAGGAGGAGGAGGAGGAGGAGGCCACAGGAAGGUCGCAAGGCAGAGUGCUGAGGGCGUUUUCCUUCCUCGAGGAUUUCUUCAUCAGACUCCCGCAAGCUCUCGGCAUGAGGAAGAGGCAAAUGAUAGAUCGCAUGAGCGCCGACGGGAAGCCUUUAGGAGUGAGCGGCUUCCUUGCAUCGCGCCUACAGAUGAUCUCCUCCAUAAUGAGCUUCCUACAGGACCCCAGCCCCUCCAGGAUCCGUCGGUCUGCUCAGGAUAUUGAGGCAGAAGAGGCACAGUUUGGGAAGGGUGAGUCUGAGUCCUUCCCACUUCCCUCCCUCGGGUCCUUCGUGCCUCUCUUAGUGGAGGUCUUCAAGGAGUACUCACCCUUUAACUUCUGGUCGUCUGGAGGGCAGCGUGCCUUCCCAGAGGAAGACAACAUGGGCACAUCUACAUUUUUGAGAGAAGAAACGGAAUUGAAAGAAGGAGUUGACGAGGCUAAGGAGGAGGAGGACGAGGUGGAGGGAGACGAGGGAAGAGGUGCAAGGAGGCGCCGUCACAGCCCCACGGCCAUGAACGCUUGGUACAAUGAGCUUGGCGGCAGGAACAAGGAGCCGGACGGAGGGGUGGGAGGUGUGGCUGCCAAGGCCAUCUCCCUGCUGGGCGGCGGUGACGGGGUGCAGCAGGCGGUGAAGCAGGAGGCAGCCCCGGCCCUCCUGGAGCUGUCCAAGGGGCUGACCGGAGCACACCCACACUGCCUCCAGAGAGUGCUGUGUCGCCUCACCUCCCACGCCGGCCAGCUCUCCCUCCUCCCGCGUGUGGCUCUGCAGAUGCUCAGCUCCAAUAUGAAGAACGAGAGUGAGGCAGCUAUGAAGGCAGGGCUGAGAGGGGAGAACUGCAGCCAAACCUUCUCUGAGUGUGACACGGCAAGGAAACCAGGCAAGAAAUAGGACAGGGACAGCACGAGAGAGUGAGUCAGGCUGGGAGAGUGCGGAGUAGUGGCUGGGAAGGCUGUAGUGUAGUGGAGUGGAGUGUAGGGUAGUGGAACAGUGAUGGGUUGUAAGAUCCGUAUCGCAAGUGUUGAUUUGUCACAAUUGAGGUUUUAACUUUUUUGAAGACGACGAGAAAUGGAUAGCCUUUACUCGCCUCUCCUCGCUACACUUGAGUCUGGUGGUGCAGUUUGGAGUAUCAAUAAGGUGAUGAAGUGUAGGGAAAUUUGUUGUAGUUUGUUAGUAGUAAAAUUUGUUGAAGUGUAAUAGUCUGCCUGAUGUGGAAAGCCUCCCAAAACCCACUGAGCUAACAGGGUACUUCUUUGGCUAGGUUGGUGGUACUGUUUGGAGUAUUAAUAAGGCAGUGAAGUGUAGGGAAGUUUGUUUUAGUGUUAGUAGUAAAAUUUGUUGAAGUGUAAUAGUCUGCCUGAUGUGGAAAGCCUCCCAAAACCCACUGAGCUAAUAGAGUACUUCUUUGGCUAGGUUGGUGGUGCUGUUUGGAGUAUCAAUAAGGCAGUGGAGUGUAAGGGAAUUUGUUGUGGUGUAUCGGUAGUAAAAUUUGUUGUUGUUUAAUGACCUGCCUGAUGUGGAAAGCACCCCCUGAACCCGCUGAGCUAACAGGGUACGGAGAGGAGUGGCUUCCCAUCAGCAUUGCCAAAUUAUCUCCCACAUCGCAUUGCAUUUUCGUAGUUUCUGACCAAUAACUCUAGCAAAAAGAACGAAAACCAUCUGUAUUUAACCGUUUUAACGAUAACUUUAAUUUUCUAUCGUUAUUUAUGUGCUUACAACAAUCUUGGAGCCUAAAAAUUAUAAAUGCAAUGUUCAGAAUACGACAAUUUGGCAACGGUGCUUCCCAUAUGCCUGGAUGCUGGUUCAAUCCCUGGUAGUGGCAACCUUUGUUCUUUCCCUUCUGGAUCUGGAUUAAUUUCUCGUGUGUUUCGUGAUACCCAGAUGUCAUGCGGAUAAUCGGGAAAGUCAAAAUGCCAGACAACACACAGUAAAGAAGUGCGUUAGAAGUUAAAUCGAUUGCAUGAAAGUUUAUUAGUGGUUUUCAUUGUUGACUCUUAGCACACUUAGUUUUAAAUCUCCCAGGCACUAGAUAUUAAUAGUUACGCUCGGGAAUAUUGCAUUUGACUCUAAUCUUGCUACCUAAUAAGAAUCCCAUGAUGGAAACUGUUAGAUAUUACUUAAAGGUAUUGAUAGUACCUAAUGAUAUGUAUUGAAGUUGAAGGGUCAGGUCUGUGGAGUACAAUUAGUGUUUAAAGUCCGAUGGUGUUGUUUUCGUAUAGCUAAAAAGUCGACCCUGAUUGUGCAUGUUGGAAUAGGGCUGUAAGUUAUUUUAUUCAAGUUAGAAAAGAGUGAAUUUAAUUAAGUUUAAGUUUGAGAAGAGUGAAGGAAGUUUAAAUUAGUGAAGAGUGAAGGAAGUUUAAAUUAGUGAAGAGUGAAGGAAGUUUAAAUUAGUGAAGAGUGAAGGAAGUUUGAAUUAGUGAAGAGUGAAGGAAGUUUAAAUUAGUGAAGAGUGAAGGAAGUUUAAAUUAGUGAAGAGUGAAGGAAGUUUAAAUUAGUGAAGAGUGAAGGAAGUUUGAAUUAGUGAAGAGUGAAGGAAGUUUAAAUUAGUGAAGAGUGAAGGAAGUUUGAAUUAGAGAAGAGUGAAGGAAGUUUGAAGUCUAUCGUUUUGUUGUUAUAUGGUUAAAGAGUUUCCGCUCAACUUUGUGUAUGUGGAAACGGUUGUGAUGAGUGUGAUUUUGUUUUAGGGAAUAAUUAAGGAAAAAUGUUACCAGGCUAUUAGGUAAGCAUUAAGGUAAGGUGUUGGAUACUUGUAACUCGCGACACAUAAGCUUUUGUGAGUCUUUUAUGUUCUGGUGAAGUUUUUUGUCCUCGCACUUUCGAACUUCAUGAUGGGGAAGUUUGUUUUUUGUACUUUCGAACCUCGCCGAAGGAAAAAGGGUCACCUCAAUGUCCUCAUCAUCUCACGUCCAUACAGCUGAUCUCACUCUCUCAUCCCUUCACAUUUAAAUCAUCUCUUUUUCAUUGCGUUCAGAAUCUCAUGAAGCACCUCACCAAAGAAAAAAAGGGUCAUCUCAAUAUCCUCAUCAUCUCACGUCCAUACAGCUGAUCUCACUCUUUCAUCCCUUCACAUUUAAAUCAUCUCUUUUUCAUUGCGUUUAGAAUAUCUUGAAGCGCCUCACUGAAGGAAAAAUAGGGUCAUCUCAAUAUCCUCGUCAUCUCACAUCCAUACAGCUGAUCUCACUCUCUCAUCCCUUCACAUUUAAAUCAUCUCUUUUUUUCAUUGCGUUCAGAAUCUCUUGAAGCACCUCACCAAAGAAAAAAGGGUCAUCUCAAUAUCCUCAUCAUCUCACAUCCAUACAGCUGAUCUCACUCUCUCAUCCCUUCCCAUUUAAAUCAUCUCUUUUUCAUUGCGUUCAGAAUAUCUUGAAGCACCUCACCAAAGAAAAAAGGGUCAUCUCAAUAUCCUCAUCAUCUCACGUCCAUACAAUUGAUCUCACUCUUUCAUUCCUUCACAUUUAAAUCAUCUUCCUAUUUGCCUGUUGUGCGUUUACCUUCCAACCCUUUCCGUCCAUUCACCCACGGUUUUAUUCAUUAUUAUUAACCUUCAUUAUUAUUAUUUUUUAUUUUUUUUGCCCUUGAACUGCUUUCUCUACUGUAAAAAAAAAAAAAAAAAAAAAAAAAAAAUCACCUUACUACUUAAUUGUCUUGUUCAUCUACCUUCCAUCCCUUUCCGUCCAUUCACCUACGUACGAUUUUAUUCUCUAUUAUUAACAUUCAUUCCUCCACAUUUAAAUCACCUUCCUACUUGUUUGUUGUUCGUUCACCAUCCAACCCUUUCCGUCCAUUCACCCAUGUUAUUUCAAUCAUUAACCUCCAUUCCUUCACAUAAUAUUAUAAGUCAUCUUCCUACUUGUCUGUUGUCCGUUCACCAUCCAACUCUUUCCGUCCAUUCACCCAUGAUUUUUCUCUCUAGCAUCAACCUGUAUUGCUUCAUUCUCAGGUGUAGACCAUUAACAUUAAGCGUCGGGCAUAGAUUAUUGCCGGAGAAGUUGUUUUAGUGUUAAGGCGAAACUCAUACGUAAUUCACCGUCCAACCCUUUCCGUCCAUUCACCCACGAUUUUUCUCUCUAUCAUCAACCUGUAUUGCUUCGUUCUCAGGUGUAGACCAUUAACAUUAAGCGUCGGGCGUUGAUUAUUGCCGGAGAAGUUGUUUUAGCGUUAAGGCGAAACUCAUACGUAAUUGUUGACUUGUCGUAAGGGAGUAAAGAGGUUGUUGUAGCCUCUAAGUAGUGUAUUGUUAAGUAGUGUAUCGUUAAGUAGUGUAUCGUUAAGUAGUGUAUCGUUAAGUAGUGUAUCAUUAAGUAGCACUGUUGUAUUAUGCAUGUGAGGGAUGUGGGAUGUAUGUAGAUAUUUAUUGAUUGUAUGAAUGCGUAAUAAAAUCUAUGGUGUA